AUGCAGACGCUCCUGAGCCAGCUGCUCGUCUACUUGCUGUCCAGUGGCGAAGUCGUUGCCGUUGUAGGCGUCCUCAUAAACGUCACGUUCCUGCUCUUUGCUGAGUUCAACCCGCCUGCUGCUGCCAUUCCGGACCGUUACCGAUGGCUCUAUGACGUAACUCCACAGCGCGGGUGUGCUCAGCUACGUUAUUCGAGUCGUUUUAAGCUGUAG